ACUUCAGUUCCAAGCAGAGGGAAAUGAAAGAGAAAAUGGCUACUUCGUGUGCUACAAUUCUUCUUAUCGUGUUUCUCAGUCUCCAAUAUCUGGCUGAGGCAAACAUUCGUCGCUACAAGUUCAAUGUAGUGAUGAAAAAUAUUACCAAGCUCUGUUCGACGAAACCAAUAGUUACUAUUAACGGGAAGUUUCCAGGACCAACUCUUUAUGCGAGAGAAGACGAUAACGUGAUCGUAAACCUAACCAACAACGUCAACUACAAUGUCACUAUCCACUGGCAUGGCGUGAAACAGCUAAGAACAGGAUGGUCGGAUGGACCAGCCUAUAUAACACAAUGUCCCGUCCAACCAGGAGGAACUUUUGUCUACAACUUCACGCUCACGGGCCAACGAGGAACGCUUCUAUGGCACGCCCAUAUCUCGUGGCUUAGAGCGACUGUUCACGGUGCUAUCGUCAUUCUUCCAAAGCGUGGUGUACCUUACCCGUUUCCUCGGCCUCAUACCGAGAAAAUCAUCGUUUUCGGUGAAUGGUGGAAAUCAGAUGUUGAAGCUGUGAUCAAUCAAUCCACACAAUCCGGUUUGCCACCAAAUAUCUCAGAUGCUCACACCAUUAACGGACUUACCGGUCGGUCCGGUCCAGUCCCCGGUUGCAAGUCUCGUGGUUACACUUUACACGUCAAAACCGGGAAGAAAUACCUCUUAAGGAUUAUCAACGCUGCAGUUAACGACGAACUAUUUUUCAAGAUCGCAGGACACAACUUCACUGUCGUUGAAGUCGACGCAAGCUACACUAAACCGUUUAACACCGAUACGCUUUUCUUAGGUCCAGGCCAAACAACAAACGCAAUCUUGACCGCUACUCAUCCCCCUGGAAACUUCUUAAUGACCAUUUCUCCUUUUAUGGACACCGUUGUCCCUGUUAAUAACGCUACCGGAACCGCUCUUUUGCGGUAUAAAGACACAACAACUACACAAUCCUUGACAAGUUCCAAGAUCCCUCCAAUAAACGCUACAAGCAUUGCCCUAGGCUUCUCGGACUCUUUAAGAAGCCUAAAUUCGCCAGAUUAUCCAACCAAGGUUCCGUUAAAGAUCGAUCACUCGCUGUUCUUUACGAUAGGAGUUGGCGUGAACCCGUGUACCACGUGUAUUAACGGAACCAAAACCAUUGCGGACAUCAACAACGUUAGCUUUGUGAUGCCAACAGUGGCUAUGCUUCAAGCACAUUAUUUCAACAAAAGUGAAGGCGUUUUCACCGAUGAUUUUCCGGGAAGACCCUUGACGCCGUUUAAUUACACGGGCGGUUUGAAUAAUCUUCGGACAAAGAAGGGAACAAAAGUCUAUAGACUUGAGUUUAACUCAACGGUACAAGUUAUAAUCCAAGGGACAAGUGUUAUAGCACCUGAGAGUCAUCCCACGCAUCUCCAUGGAUCCAAUUUCUUCGUGGUUGGUAAAGGAUUGGGGAACUUUGAUCCGUUAGAGGAUCCUAAGAAGUUUAAUCUUAUUGAUCCUGUUGAGAGGAACACUGUUAGUGUCCCUACCGCAGGAUGGACAGCGAUUCGGUUUAGAGCAGACAAUCCAGGUGUUUGGUUCUUUCAUUGUCACUUGGAAGUGCACACUUCUUGGGGACUUAAAAUGGCGUUUCUUGUGGAAGACGGCAAAAGUUCUAACGAAAAACUUCCACCGCCUCCAAGUGAUCUUCCCAUAUGCUAAAUUUAAUAUAUCUAUUGAAAUUUCAUAAACAUUGAGAAGAAAGAAAAAGAGUGAAUAGUUUGGUUACUUGUUAUUCAAGAAAGAGUCAAUGGCUUGAAAAGUUACAAGACUUUCUCAAGUCUUUGCAGUUUGUUUUCAUUUCUUUGUUCUUGUUGAUUAUUUCCCAUAAAAAUAAUAAUUAUGACUGAAUUAUCUGAA